AUGCAGAUCCGCGUGGUCCAGAUUUGGGGUUUCCUGAUGACCAUCUUGGGCUGGAUCUUUGUGGCCUGCACCAUGGCCAUGGAGGGCUGGAAGAUCAGCUCCAUCGGGGGCAUGGGGGGCUCCUCCAUCAUCAAGGUGGCCUGGUACUGGUCCAGCCUGUGGAGAUCCUGCUUCACAGACUCAACUGCCGUCAGCAACUGCUACGACUACCCCGUGCUCUGGUCCGUGGAGGGCCACAUCCAGAUAGUGCGAGGCCUGCUGAUGGCAGCUCUCUCCCUGGGCAUGCUGGGGUUUGUGCUCAGUCUGCUGGGCAUGGAGUGCACCUUCAUCGGGGGGAAAGACCGCUCAAAGUACAAGAAGAUCUACGCCGGCGCAUGGUGCCAUAUAAUCAGCGGUAUCCUGUCCACAUGUGGCUAUGCUGUUUAUGCGCAGUAUGUCUCAGUGGAGUACUUCAACCAUGACUUUAACGGACUGAGGUACGACCUCGGCACCCCGAUGUUCCUCGGCUGGGUCGGCUCCGCCUUUCACACCACCGGCGGUUGCUUCUACGUGUGGUCAGUGUGCGCGCCGCUCUACGGAAGAGAGACAAAGGUGAUCAACAUCCAGGCACUGCCAGACCCCGAGCAAAACAAGUCCACCACGGCUACGUCCGCAGCGUCCGAGAUCUCCUCCAAGACCAAACUGUCCUCCGUGUCCGAGCUGUCGUCCAAGUCCGAGCGCUCGGACCUGUCCGGCAUCUCCUCCAGAUCGGGACGCACGUCCAAAUCUGGACGCUCGGCCAGGUCGGGCCAGACGGCCAGGUCGGGGCGCUCGUCCGAGACCGGGAGAACCACCAGGUCUGCUGGGUCAGUGGGGUCGGGGUCGGGGUCGGGGUCGGCCGUCUCGUCGAGGUCCAGCGUCUCGUCUUUGUCCGGGUUGAGGAGCAGCGGCAGCAGCCGGACAGUGUCGUCGCUGUCGGGCAGCUCAAGGAGUGAGAGUACGGCGUUCAAGAAAAACUCUUAUAUUUGA